AUGGUUAGUUGUCUCAGGAUCGUGAAACUCGUGGGCAUCGGCUCGCUGGGGCUGGCCACGUCCAGCUUCGGCCUCGCAGCGUACAACGCCGUGCCUGAUCUGAUCAACUCCACCAAGCUGAGCAUCCUCGACUCGCGCGAGCUGCGCAACAGGUUCCGUGGCCUGCUCGUGCAAGUGCGCUCGAUCCUCGCCGUCUUCGGCACCGUGGCCUCCGUGCUCUUCUCCAUGGCAUACACCAGGUCGCCCGUGACGGGCAAACACCCCUACCUGGUCUACGCCGCCCUGGGAGCACCGCUGUGCGCAGCCUACUACUGUUACGGCGUUUUGCCACUGGAGCUCCAAAUUUUCCGGUCCCCGCAGAAACGCGACCCGGGCGCCCUGCCGGCCAAGACCAGCAAGACAGACGACCUGACGUCGCCGCUCGACAACAGCGUCUACAACGACCUGGGAACCGAGUCCGACGCCGUCCGCGAGGAGCCGGCCGAGGACGAGCAGUUCCAGGAGCUCGAGCUCAAGACAGAGACCAUUGCGAGACUGCAGGCGCUCAAGCUCGGCUACUCGUACUCGUCGCUCAUCUCUGGAGCCGCCCUCCUGCUCGCCACAAUCGGUUAUCUAGGUGACCCUCUAUAA